UGAUUUUUGAAGAUUUUUUCUUGUUUUAUUUCGUUUAUCAAAGGAAAUUUUCGAAAUGGCUUCAAAAUUACCAAGUGAAGCUCCUUUGAAAGAGGAUUCGACACAUCAUCCGUUUAAAUUUUGUUUACGCUCCAAUUAUCUAAAAUUACACGCUGGAGAAAAAAAUUCUCAUAACACAAUCUUAAAAGAAAAACAGAACCGAUGCAAUGAAUUUUUAAUUCAUUCAAAGCGAGAUCAUUCAUUGGAAAAUCAACUCAAGACGAAUGUUACCAAUUCAUCUCAAUCACAAAAUUCAAGUGAAAAAACCAGCGAGAGCUCAAAAAAUACAGCAACUCAAACGGCUACAGGUUUCAUUGUGGCAGAAAAUUACAAAGAAACACCUUCCAAUAAAAACCCUCCUAAGGAUAACUUCAAUGAAAAGGAUAAAGACAGCGAAAAUGCUAACAAAGUAUCAAACAAAUCCUUCAGCUCAAGUUUUUUGAAAGCUAAAUCAAAAUCUUUGACUAAGAAUUCCAUGAGACACACCAAUAUUCCUCAAUUGGAAUCAUCAAAAAUCAAAACAAAAACGAAACCUCCCCAAACUUCUUCAACUCCAAUUUGGAAAUCCUUUACCUCAAAGUCAUCCAACAUAAACUCAGCAUCAAAAGCCUUAUGUCGCCAAACAACUGCAUUUUCCUAUGACCUGUCGACAGACGAACUGAGGGCUAUGAAUAAUUUUGAGAGAGCCAUGAAACCAACAUCAGAAUAUGAGCAACAUUUGCUAAAGACUGGCUCACGUUCGGAAUAUUUGAGGCAAAGAUAUUUAACUUCGCCAGACAACAAAUACAACUAUCCCGAAGCAACAUCGUGGCGUAUUGGAUGGCUGCACCGUGCAUAAUGAGUCGUUUAUAAGGUUGUAACAAUAUUGAAUUUUAGUAAUAAGAUAUACAAAUUUUAGUUGGUCAAAGCCAGCAUUUAAUA